AUGAUGCUCGAACAUGUACUUGUUUUGAGUGCCUAUUUAUUUUCUGUCGGUCUAUAUGGAUUGAUUACAAGUCGAAAUAUGGUUAGGGCUCUUAUGUGUCUUGAACUUAUAUUAAAUGCGGUUAAUCUCAAUUUUGUAACAUUUUCGGAUUUUUUUGAUAGUCGUCAAUUAAAAGGAGCCAUUUUCUCCAUUUUUGUUAUAGCUAUUGCAGCUGCUGAAGCUGCUAUUGGACUCGCUAUUGUUUCAUCAAUUUAUCGUAACAGAAAAUCAACUCGUAUAAAUCAAUCGAAUUUGUUGAAUAAGUAA